AUGGCAAAGUCAAAGAACCACACAAACCAUAAUCAGUCACGGAAAGCGCAUCGCAACGGAAUAAAGCGGCCCCGUAGUCACCGGUACGCGUCAACGAAAGGAAUGUACCAAAAGUUUCUGCGGAACCAGCGGUUUGCCCGGAAGGGUUCGGUGCUGGCUCUGAAACUUGCACGAAGACAAGCGCGCAGAGCCGCGGAGCAGAAAAUGGAGACGGUGUAG